AUGAUGCGCCCUAUUCUUGUAUCCACAAUUUUGUUCGGUGCCGCCUCUAUGGCUACCAAGCUAUAUGCGGCAUCUUACUCAGGCACCGUGACUACUCUGUCCCCGCAGAGGGCGAACGGAAAUUAUGAGCUGUCGAUCGUUGCCCAGACGAAAGACUGUGGGACCAGUCCAUCAUGGUUGACGCUGGAUAAUGAGCAUGACUUGAUGCUCUGCCUCAAUGAAGGAUUGGGGGCUUCAAACAGUAGCCUUACUUCCUUCCGAGUCAAUUCUAAUGGGUCUCUAACUACGCUGGAUACUCUUGACACGGUUUCCGGUCCAGUUAUGUCAACUCUCUAUACUAUUCCUGGCCAACCUGGACGGCGUUUCGUUGCCGUCGCACACUACGAAGGCUCCGCCGUCACUGCCUACACACUUGACUCAAUGUCGGGUCAUUUAAACCGAACUCAAACCUUCACCUACGAGCUUGCUGCUCCUGGUCCAGUACCUGACCGACAAGAUGCCCCUCAUCCACAUGGAGUCAUCGUUGAUCCCACGGGUCGCUUUAUUCUGGUCACUGACUUGGGCAUGGAUCAAAUCCAUAUCUUCAAGAUUUCUCCCUCAACCGGCCUUCUACAGCCCCAGAAACCUUUUCUAGUAAAGCCCGGGUCGGGGCCACGACACGCCGUGUUUUGGACACCCAAGGCCAACGUUGCCUCUACCGAUGACACAUUCUUGUAUCUUGUCUCGGAAUUGGGGAAUACCUUGACCGCAUUCAAAGCUCACUAUACUCGCAAUAGCCUAACCUUUGUUAAGGUUCACGAGGAGAGUACUUACGGUGGAGAGACUAUCCCAAGUGGUUCCAAGGCCUCAGGGAUUCACAUUUCGCCUGAAAAUGACCGUAUCGUGGUAUCCAACCGUGGUGAUGCUACGUUUGGCAAGGACGAUGACUCUUUCGCCGUCUUCACUUGCAUCACUGGCCAGGGAAACCAUGCAAAGGAUUUCUCAUUCGUUGGCUUGUUUCCAGCUUACGGUUCGUUCCCUCGUGAAUUUGAGAUUAAUGCCCAGAAUGGAUUGAUCUCAGUGGCAUUGCAAAAUAGCCAUGAGGUGGCUUUGGUUCAGUGGGAUGAACAGACCAGGAGCCCAGGAAAGCUUCUCGCCAAAAAGAGUUUGGAUGGAGAGAUUCCUGCCGCAAUCUGGGGACCCUGA